UCGAAAACUUGGUCGGGGAAAGUAUAGUGAAGUAUUUGAGGCCAUUAACAUCACCAACAAUGAGAGAGUGGUUGUAAAAAUUCUCAAGUGAAGAAAAAGAAGAUAAAACGAGAGGUUAAGAUUCUGGAGAACCUUCGUGGUGGAACAAAUAUCAUUAAGCUGAUUGACACUGUGAAGGACCCUGUGUCAAAGACACCAGCUUUGGUAUUUGAAUAUAUCAAUAAUACAGAUUUUAAGCAACUGUACCAGAUCCUGACAGACUUUGAUAUCCGGUUUUAUAUGUAUGAACUACUUAAGGCUCUGGAUUACUGCCACAGCAAGGGAAUCAUGCACAGGGAUGUGAAACCUCACAAUGUCAUGAUAGAUCACCAACAGAAAAAGCUGCGGCUGAUAGACUGGGGUCUGGCGGAGUUCUAUCACCCCGCCCAGGAGUACAAUGUCCGCGUAGCCUCGAGGUACUUCAAGGGACCGGAGCUCCUUGUGGACUAUCAGAUGUAUGAUUAUAGCUUGGACAUGUGGAGUUUGGGCUGUAUGUUAGCGAGCAUGAUCUUUCGAAAGGAGCCCUUCUUCCAUGGACAGGACAACUAUGACCAGCUUGUUCGCAUUGCCAAGGUUCUGGGUACAGAUGAGCUGUAUGGGUACCUGAAGAAGUAUCACAUAGACCUGGAUCCACACUUCAACGAUAUCCUGGGACAACAUUCACGGAAACGCUGGGAGAACUUUAUCCAUAGUGAGAACAGACACCUCGUCAGCCCCGAGGCCCUAGACCUUCUGGACAAACUUCUGCGAUACGACCAUCAACAGAGACUGACUGCCAAAGAGGCCAUGGAGCACCCGUACUUUUACCCCGUGGUGAAGGAGCAGUCCCAGCCUUGUACAGACAAUGCUGUACUUUCCAGCGGCCUCACCGCAGCCCGAUGAAGACGGGAAAGCCACGGGUAAUGCGGCGUUGAUGCUUGCCAGUAAAACCAACCAACCAAACACAAAUCGUGAAGGAGAACUACAGUGUGAUAAAAAGAAAUUCUAGUCAUUCCUUCUAAACAAAGAAGAGUAAAGACCUAAAAGUCUGUCAAAAAGAAAGAAACUCCCCAGUACUAGUCUGCAGGGAGCUGCCAUUCUGGCAGCGUGGCGGUGCACGUAGUUCGGGAUCUGAGGGAACUCUCCCUUUGGAAUGCCUGGGAGAUGAGAGACUCGGAGUUGUACAUUUCCCUUUAUUUAACAGGAGACCACUGUUGAAUUAACUCGUUCGGUCAGCCAGCUCUGAAUAUCUGACUUCCCAUCUAUUCCACUGUGGUCUGGGUUCCCUUUGGUGAGAUUCAGGCUCAAGUUUUAGCAAAACGUCAGCAGUCUGUACUGACACACCAGCCUCACUUACGAAAAGGAGAUAUUAAAAUAGUGACAGUAUUUUUUUUUUUAAGCUCUUAUACAAAUUCAUGUUUUAUGUAUUUUUUUAUGACAUGAGCUCUCUAGGAAAUGUACCUCAUCCCUGUGGUUUUCUUCUCAGUGUCUUCAUUUGGGAGCAAACUGCAGUCACUCGCACGGAGUCCCUUUUGAUGUCAGGAGGCGUCACUUUAAACUUGGUGAUGCCGUGAACAGGUCCAUCUGUCUCAUCAACAGUCCCAUGCAUAACUCGGAGCUCACUCUAACCUUUGUUGAUUUGCCUAACCGUAAAAUCUUGUUGCUGUUUUUUUCGUGUAGCUUUUCUUUUUGCAGCCUUGUAAGGAAAACCCUACCUUUCCCAGCACAUCCCUGUGUGUGCACCUAUUUUAAUGCACCUCUCUGAAACAAAAAGUUUUUGUUCACAACCAUAACUAAAGCUGGAAAGUCAGUUCAGGCAGGUCGGGGAGGGAGAAAAACAUCCUAUCAGAAUUUAUUCAGGAAAGACUUAUUGGGUGAAAAAAAUGUUCUCCCCCCCCUUUUGCCUCUCUUUAUCCCCAUUAGAAACAAUUCUUGCUGUUAUCAGAGUAAUCUGCAUUUUUAAGCUCUGAUAGGUAAUACGUAAGUGUGUUAGCAAAGAUAAGUCUCACGUGCGGGGACUGGAGUUGUGUGAGCAGGGCCACCCCAUAACCCAGGCAACUGAGGAGAGCAGUUUGCACGGGGCUUGGGGAAGGAAGUGGAGCUCCCGGGCAAGUAUCAAAGCUUGGGAUCCAUUGUGCUAGCCUUCACGUUAACAGAGGAAGCUAGAUUGUGUUUAAAAAAAUUAAAAAUAGGGCUGAUUUCAUUUUGGGGACUUGUCACCAACAUGGUUUGCAAGCAGUCCCCCCACCCCAGCUGCACAGCUGUGGGGGCUUCACACACCUAGGCUAGAGCUAGAGGUGUCUACCACCAAGUCACACUUUAGGAUUUCUUCAUUAACUAUUUAAUAAUGCCAUACAUUUUUAUAAGGUUAGAUUGUUUGGAAACGUGUUUACAUUCCAUAUUCCAAUAAAAUCGUAUUGGUAUUGGUAGCAGGUCCUAUCUCUAAAUGUAGAUUCUAUUUUUGUCAUUUGGUUGGUGGGAACUUAAAAUGCAAAUAAAACUCUUAUU